GGCAUCAAAUCUGUGUUUACUCCUCCUCCAAGGAGAGGGCGUAAAUGACGAUGAAGCUCUCCCCCCUCUCUCUUUCUCUCCUCGGUUUCAUCGCUCAAAACUAACCCUAAUACCAUUUAUAAACCUCGACCCCAACCCUAAUUCCUAUGCCAUUGCCAAUCCUCUGUCUGCAAGUCCAAGGUUUUCUCUGCUACUUCUCUCUGAGCCUCCUCAUUUUGGGGGAUUCUGAGCGGUUAAGGCUUGAAUUCUGCUUUCGGCUUUGGAUUAGAUGAUUCCUCUGAAUUUUUAUUGAAAUUGAGAAAUUUUCUCGUGAAUCUUGGUUAGCUUGUGAUUAGAGUAACUGUUCACUCGAUUUUGAUAGAAAUUUAAAAAAUUUAGCGUGAGCCCCUUGGUUUUUGGCUCCGCUUUCAGUGAUUUUAUCUGCAUUUUGAUCGAAGGUCUGGAAAUUUAGGCUGGACUUCUGGAUUAGAUUCGAUCCUGGUGAUUUUUUUGCAUUUUGGACGAACUCUGGUGAUUUAUGCUUUAUUCAUAGCUUGAUUCCAGUGAUCUUAUCCGCAUUUAAUUGGAACUUGAGCUGUUUACGUUUGAGUCCACGUUUUCUCUUGCGUUCUGCAUUAGACAAGAACCUAGGAUCAAAACUCAAAUCUCAGUUUUAGCUUUGAUUUCGAGGAUAUAUCCGUGGCCAUGGCAUCUUCACUCCCUGCAACAUCAGCUGGUGCAUCAGGAAUUGCUUCUUUUGCUUCUGAGAAGCCACAGAAGCAUCAACAAAAGGUUCAAGGCAAUGCGUCAUUUCCGGCAUCUUUGAAAAAUAGGCCUUCUUUGCUUCGAUAUAGCGGACCAAAUAGGAUCCUGUCAACUGUUUGGAGAGCCCAACUAAAUGAGGUUGCUGUUGAAGCUUCGAAUGCUGUGCCAACCACCUCCAAGAAGUCAGAUUCGCCAUUGCCUAAAGAUGAAGACAUCAAGCCAGCUGAGGAGACUAGUCCAAAGAAAACAGUCUCUGAGGCCUCCAUAAACGCUUUUAUGGCUGAAGUGGCAAACCUUGUGAAACUUGUAGACUCAAGAGACAUCAUGGAACUGCAAAUGAAGCAACUCGAUUGUGAGCUUACAAUAAGGAAGAAAGAAGCUUUGCCUCAGCCACCACCGGCUCCUGCUCCAGUUAUGAUGCAUUCUCCUACUCAAUACAUGAUUCCCCAACAGAUGCCACCUUCUCAGCCUGCUCCUCCUCCUCCUGUGCCUGCUAGUCCUGCUUCUUCCUCUGGUUCAGCCCUUGCACUUCCUGUUCCUUCUGGUAAGAGCAGUAAAUCACCACCACUUAAGUCUCCAAUGGCCGGGACAUUUUACCAGAAUCCUGCACCUGGAGAACCUCCUUUUGUGAAGGUUGGGGAUAAAAUUCAGAAAGGGCAAGUUGUAUGCAUCAUCGAAGCUAUGAAACUAAUGAAUGAGAUCGAAGCUGAUCAAUCGGGAACUGUUGUGGAGAUCAUUGCUCAGGAUGGGAAGCCUGUAAGCGUUGACACGCCUCUCUUUAUCAUUGAGCCAUAAAGACCUUGCCCUUCUAUCAUUCCAUGUAAGUUGAGAAAGCAUUGAUCUUCUUUUAUAUUUCUUUUAGAAGUGAAGAUUUUAGGUUUUAGUAAUCCUUCUUCAUUAAAUUGAAUCAUUAUAUUUGUAGUAAUAUCAGUGGUCAUCAACUAGAGUAUCUUGAGUUUUUUUCAAAUCUCUUAUUGUAAUGUCUUGUCUUAGAAUUUUCGGAUUCUCCAACGAGCAAUCCAAUUCCAUAUGUAUUGGUGAAACUCUGCCAUUAAAUGUUUUUUUCUCCAGCUC